GGACAGUCGACAUGUGGCGUUCAUGUCAAGACUCCAGCAGUUGAGCAGUUGCCGUCGUCGUGUUACCUUGUGCUUGUUGUGCUCGGUGUUGCGACUCUUAAAAACCAAGUUUUCUUGACCGGAACGUCGUAUCAAAAGUUGCAGCAAUGCUGUCAAAAGAAGAUUGGCAUAGAAAGUACCAGGAGAAGCUGGAUGAGGAUCCUUAUGCUAUUCAUCCCAUUGCAGUGAUGCAACUUGUACUAGAGUCUCUGGUACUUGACGACUCUAAAACAGUGCAAGAACUUAUUGAGAGGAUGAAGUUUGUGCGGCAAGCUUUAUGUGAUAGUCCAUGCUCCACAGUGUCAACUGAGCCUUCUGGGGAAAUGUUCACGCGCUUUAUCACGCGCGCGAGCACUGCUCUUGAAGAUGCUGAAACCAUUGCUGAAGCACGCCAAAUCUUGAUAGACCGUGGAGAGGACUUCAUCAAACAUAUGCUGGAGCUUCCGGACAAAGUGGCUAAGAAGGCUCUGGGUCUCUUUGAGCAAACCCACAAGCACCUCACCAUACUUACUCAUUCUAGGAAUGCGUGCCUGCUGUCCACAUUCCUCGAAGCAAAAAGCAGAGGUCACAGUUUUUAUGUUUUUGUGACUGAAGGCCGGCCAUCCAACCAAGGAGCAAGUAUGGUAGAGGAGAUGAAGCAGGCGGGCGUUUGCUGCUCACUCAUCCCUGACGCUGCGAUGGCGUACUACGCUGAACAGUGCAACUUCAUCAUGUUGGGAGCCGAGACCGUGUGUCCGAAUGGUGGCAUCAUUGGGGUGAUCGGCACGGCGACGAUGACUGCCACGGCAAAACUUCUAGGAAAACCCGUACAUGUGGUGGCCGAGUGCUACAGGUUCUCUGACCAUCACUUUCCUCUAAACAAUCGUCAUCUCAUCCGGAAACACUUGCCGAACGUGAAAGGAUUUGACUGCCCUCCUGUUGACUACAGUCCGCCUGAGAACAUCAAGCGACUCGUCAGUGACAUCGGCUCCAUAGAUCCUCUAUUUGCUUACGAUACCGUCAACCACCUCUUCACAUAGUAUAAGUAAUACCUCAACCACCUUUUCACGCAGUAUACAUCAUAUUAUCAGCAACCUCUUUACAUGGUAUGAAUGAUACCAGGUGCUUCUCACGUAGUUAUAUAUUAAACCAUCAACCACCUCUUUACACAGUAUCAAUGAUACCGUCAACCACCUCUUUACACAGUAUCAAUGAUACCGUCAGCCACCUCUUCACGCAGUAUCAAUGAUACCGUCAACCACCUCUUCACGCAGUAUCAAUGAUACCGUCAACCACUUCUUCACGCAGUAUCAAUGAUACCGUCAACCACCUCUUCACAUAUUCGCCAUUAUAUAUAUGGAUUGUUAAACGCGAGAUGUUUUUAUAUAGAGCAGGUUCCGACAGUCUGUUCCAUUGGCUAAAUAUUUUGGAAGAAAAUAUUUAAACCUCAAUGUAGCAUUCUUUUUUAUUCGUCGCGAUCAGCAUCUCAGCUUUGGCGUAUAAAAGAUUUUUAUCUAUCUCCCCUAGGUUAUACAUGUCCUAAUUAUUUUAAUAUGAACUGCCACUUUUUUAUUAAUAAAAGCGUUGAAAAUUGAAAGUUCAUUUUUUCUGCCUAAUAGAUGUUUCGGUUGAAUUUUUGUGUGUUUGAGAUCGCUUGCCGGGUUUGAAUUAGAGAUGAAACUAAAAUCAGAAUCCACUAUGAAAUGAAUUAAGAGAGGACUAAUAUUCAAACAGGAAUAAACUCUUGCUAGUUCUUCAUUGAUUCCACUAUUAUUGCAAAUUUGAUGUAUUUGCUAGAUCAUCCGCGCCUCUGAAGCCAUUCAACUUGUGUUGAGACGGAUAAAUAAUUUCGUUGUUUCUCCCAUGCUUCGAAGUUUAAAUUGCAUCCUUUUUGUAAGCUAUAUAAACUAACAAAGACAAUUUUCAAAGUUCUAGUUCCCUGAUAACAUUUGCUAAUUAACCAAACUUGAUGCAACUUGUACGGGCAGUAGCGCGCUACAUUUUCAGUAGCGGCAGC